GCGUUCGUACAAAUCACGAGUCUGUUGUUUCUUCUCUCCCGCUUUCAUUCUUAUAGUCACACUCUUCAUAGAAUACCCCAAGCCAACCCCUCAAAGAUGGCGACGUUUUGCUUUCUGAUGGAGCAACCUUUGCCAUGGGAUUCUUCAGCCCCAGCAACAAUUCUAGAAACCGAUAUGUUGGAAUAUGGUUUAACAAACUCUCUAAAUACACCGUUGUGUGGGUAGCCAAUAGAGAAAAUCCUCUGAAUGAUACUUCUGGAGUUUUGUCUAUCAAUAACCAUUGAAACAUGGUUCUUGUUCUCAACAACAUUAAUUCAAAACUCAACAACCCUCUUUGGUCUUCCGAUGUUUUGAUCAAAACUCACAAUAAUGACACCUUUGCUCAGCUUCUCGACACAGGAAAUCUAGUUUUACUUGAAAUGGAGGAAAGAAUCAGAAAGUUCUAUGGCAGAGUUUCGAUUAUGGCAGUGGCACAAUUCUUCCAUUUAUGAAAAUUGGGUUUGAUCGAAAAACUGGUUUCAAUAGGGUCAUUACAUCAUGGAGAUCCCAUGAUGAUCCUAGUAUUGGGAACAUGAGCUUCAGCAUCGACCCACCAGGCUAUCCUCAACUGUUCACAUAUGAAAACGGAGCUCCAUUUUGGCGAUGGGGAUCUUGGACGGGUCAAAGAUGGAGUGGGAUACCACAUAUGACACCCAAUUUUGUGUUCAACAUUAGUUAUGUUGAUGAUGCUAAUCAAGUUUCCAUAACAGUUAGUGUCCUAGACCCUUCAGUGUUCUUCAGAAUGGUGAUGGACAACACUGGUCACUUUUCACGAACAAUUUGGCAAGCUAAAGAGCAAAGAUGGCUUGAAAUUUGGUCUGGUCCAACAGAUGACUGUGACAACUACAGAAAGUGUGGAUCAAACAGCAUCUGUGAUGUGUAUAAUAAUAAAAACAGCACAUUCGAGUGUGUAUGUUUGCCAGGAUUUGAACCCAGGAACUCGCGAGAGUGGUCUGAUGGGAACGGAUCGGGUGGGUGUGUGAGGAAGAAGAAUGUGUCCACGUGUCAAAACGGCGAGGGGUUUGUGAAGUUAGCACCUGUGAAGGUUCCAGAUACGUCAAAGGCACGUGCGGAUAAGAGUAAGAGCUUGAGCUUGGAAGGGUGUGAAGAGAAGUGCCUAAGGGAUUGUUCGUGUGUAGCUUACACAAGUGCCAACGAGGUCAAGCAAAGUGGGUGCAUAACAUGGUAUGCUGAUAUGGAAGAUAUCAGGACAUUCAACAAUGUGGGACAAGAAUUGUACGUACGUGUGGAUGCGACUGAACUAGCUAAAUAUGAAAAAAGGCCUUAUGGCUUACUUGGCAAGAGGGGGAUUGUGACACUUAUAGUUGUUUCUCCCUGCCUAACAAUGUUCAUGGUCAUCUCUCUUGUGUUUUGUUUGGCAAAGAACAAGGAACAAGCACAAACAAGAAUUAAGGAACAUUUGCUUGAUGGAGAAAACAGUGAAGAUUUACCUUUAUUUGAUCUGAGUGACAUAGUUGAAGCAACAAACAAUUUCUCGGAUGCUAACAAGCUUGGGCAAGGGGGUUUUGGUUCUGUUCAUAAGGGUCUACUUGGUUGUGGAACAACAAUAGCAGUGAAGAGGUUGUUAAAGUAUUCUGGACAAGGUGUUGAAGAGUUCAAAAAUGAGAUCGUUCUGAUUGCAAAGCUCCAACAUAGAAAUCCUGUCAGGAUCUUAGGAUGUUGCAUCCAAGGAGAAGAGAAGAUGUUGAUCUAUGAAUAUUUACCAAACAAAAGCUUAGACUCUUUCAUUUUCGUGGUUACAUGUCACCUGAAUAUGCAAUGGAAGGAUUGUUUUCAAUAAAGUCAAAUGUAUAUAGCUUUGGGGUUUUACUUCUUGAGAUUGUUACAAGCAGAAAGAAUAGUGGUCAUUAUGAUGACAUCCCUUCUACUUUGGUUGGACAUAUUUGGGAUCUUUGGAGAGAAAGAAGAGCUAUGAAGAUUGUAGAUCCAUCAUUAAAUAAUGAGCCAUGCCAUGAACAUGAAUUUCUAAAAUGCAUCCAGAUCGGACUGUUAUGCGUACAAGAACAUGCAUCAGAUAGGCCAACUAUGUUAGAAGUUGUUUCCAUGUUGGACAAUGACUCAGCUCUUCCUCCCCCUAAACAACCAGCUUUUGUUGUCAAGAGAACUACUUGUGAUCAUUCAAAUCCAUCAAUUGGUCAAGAAGUUUAUUCAAUAAAUGGAAUGAGCACAACUGCGAUUGAAGCUUGUUGAUGUCAAGUUCUUAGAACAUAUAUGGUACUUGCAUGUUCUUAUAUGGUGUUGCCACUUUCGAAGUGAGUGCUUCUAAUGAGACUUUUCAACGCCUGUGAAUGAUAAUGAAGCAUAUAUCUUUUACUAUUAUUAAUUCAUGAAGUAAA